CAACCCUGUAGCGUCAGGAUUGCGUCAAUUCGGGUUUCAGCCACGUCUAGAGUCUCAGAGAGGAGCUUCUCAGAAGAGCCAAAACAGGAACAGGGGUGGCAAAUCACUGUUGCGAGGGCGAGUGGACCUCCCUCUUUGCCUCCUCCCGUUCGGCGCAGGCCCCCUGAGCUCUGCUCUGUUGUUUUCAGCACUCGGGAAAGCCGGCGCUUCAGAUCCAGGCAAGUGAAUCAAGCCAGGGAGUUUUCCGUUCAGCACCUCGGACAGAACACGCAGCAAAAAAUGGCUCCGAUCACUACCAGCCGGGAAGAAUUUGAUGAAAUCCCCACAGUGGUGGGGAUCUUCAGUGCAUUUGGCCUGGUCUUCACAGUCUCUCUGUUUGCAUGGAUCUGCUGUCAGAGAAAAUCAUCCAAGUCUAACAAGACUCCGCCAUAUAAGUUUGUGCACGUACUAAAAGGAGUUGAUAUUUAUCCUGAAAAUCUGAGUAGCAAGAAGAAGUUUGGAGCAGAUGACAAAAAUGAAGUAAAGAAUAAACCAGCUGUGCCAAAGAAUUCAUUACAUCUUGACCUGGAGAAGAGAGAUCUCAAUGGCAAUUUUCCCAAAACAAACCUCAAAGCUAGUAGCCCUUCUGAUCUGGAGAAUGUGACCCCAAAGCUCUUUUCGGAAGGGGAGAAAGAGGCUGUUUCCCCUGAUAGCUUAAAGUCUAGCACUUCCGUUACUUCAGAAGAGAAGCAGGAGAAGCUGGGGACCCUCUUCUUCUCCUUAGAGUACAACUUUGAGAAGAAAGCAUUUGUGGUGAAUAUCAAGGAAGCCCGUGGCUUGCCGGCCAUGGAUGAGCAGUCAAUGACCUCUGACCCGUACAUCAAAAUGACGAUCCUCCCAGAGAAGAAGCAUAAAGUGAAAACCAGAGUUCUGAGAAAGACCUUGGACCCAGCUUUUGAUGAGACCUUUACAUUCUAUGGGAUCCUCUACACCCAGAUCCAAGAGUUGGCCUUGCACUUCACAAUCUUGAGUUUUGACAGGUUUUCAAGAGAUGAUAUCAUUGGAGAAGUCCUCAUUCCUCUUGCAGGAAUUGAAUUAUCUGGUGGAAAAAUGUUAAUGAACAGAGAGAUCAUCAAAAGAAAUGUUAGGAAGUCUUCAGGACGGGGUGAGUUACUCAUCUCUCUCUGCUAUCAGUCCACUACAAAUACUCUCACCGUGGUUGUUUUAAAAGCUCGACACCUGCCUAAGUCUGAUGUGUCUGGACUUUCAGAUCCCUAUGUGAAAGUGAACCUGUACCAUGCCAAAAAGAGAAUCUCGAAAAAGAAGACUCAUGUGAAGAAAUGCACCCCCAAUGCAGUGUUCAAUGAACUGUUUGUCUUUGAUAUUCCUUGUGAGGGUCUUGAAGAGAUAAGUGUUGAGUUUCUGGUUUUGGAUUCUGAAAGGGGAUCCAGAAAUGAGGUGAUAGGGCGGUUGGUCCUGGGAGCAGCAGCAGAAGGAACCGGUGGAGAGCACUGGAAAGAGAUCUGUGAUUAUCCCAGGAGACAAAUUGCCAAGUGGCAUAUGCUCUGUGAUGGGUAGCGUCCUAGCCAUGGUUACCAGAGUAGCCAAGCAUUUUAUGAAUCCAGCAGUGCAAUCCCAAGCUGUGGAUGUGGUUUAGGAGGUGAUGAUCUCAUGGGAACAUGUCACUGGAAAGCGAUGUGUUUUUUAGGAUUUAGAAAUGAAAAGCAUGCUUUCUCUUAUGAAAAUUCAUCCAUUUUUCUUCAGACGGGGAAAUCAAUUUUUCUUUAAAUCCAAAGAUAUUAAAGAAAUGUUCUCUAGUUUGUUUUUAUUCAUUAUGUCAUGUGUAAAUGGUUGUCUUGCAUUUAAAAGUAUAUGGUCAUUUCUCUUUAGUUUGUAAUUAUUUGAUACAAUAUUAUUAUAUAAGAAGUAACUUGGUUUUGUUUCAAAAGGACAGUGAACAAGCUGAAAAAUCAUUUUAUUAAAGGGCUGAGUUGAGAACACUGUGGCUGAAAUAUUAUUUUUCUCCCUCCUAAGGUUAUAUGUGAGUCAAAUUGUUGGAAAAUACGAUCUCACAUAAGAACCGCGGCCUUGAAUUAUUCACUGCCCUUCACAAACAUCAGUGUGGUCUAAGAAAACCCUGUUUACCUUUGUGAAAUUGUGGAAUUAGUUAGUGGGUAAAGAAAUAAACUUCAGCUAGAAAUCCAGUUAGAAAUGCAGCUUUCUGGAAGGAAAUAUGUAUAGUAUGCAAGUGUGCAUUCAGGGCCAUCCCUCGUCCACAGAAAGGACAUGACAAAGUCUUCGUGUAGCCUGUCCUCCCCCAGGAAGGACUAAGCUGCUAUUUGGAAAGAAACAGAUAGGACUGAAGUUUUAACCACUGCCAGAUAGAAAGCAUCCCUUAAACCAACUAAGUAAUGCCUGAAAAAUAGUUAUACAGCAAAGCCUAAUAUAAUUUACACGUUUUCACACAAAAUCUAUUUAGGCUGUCAAAUUAGCACAACAAAGUAUGUUUCACUAUCUUUCCUAGGCUAAUUUGUCUUGAGCUGUUGUCUGUGGAGCAGUUUAUAGACUUGUGUCUUGUAUGGUUUGCCAGUGCCAGGGCUCUGAAAUUCAAUGAAAACCUGCUUGAGCAAAGCGGUGCCCUAGGAUUACUUGAAAGGAUGAACUUGAGGUCAUGUCACCAUAUUUGAGUUUUUAGAGUGUAUGGGUGAAACUGGGUACAGUCGAAUUAUUAAAUAUGCAAGUUAGAAAUAAAGUCUACUGAAAAAUUUACAUUUUGAGUCAGGUUUUGUGUCAGUACUUUAGCCGUUUUUGAGAAUGUGUUUGAUAUCACAGUGUUUGUAAAUUCUAUGACAAUUCAUUUUCAAAACAACAUACAUGCUUUUUAUGACUAUGCCUAAUGUAAAGAAAAUGUUUUACAUUCUGUAUGUACAAAGAUCGAAGUCAGCCUCUUUUUUUGUGCUUUAAGAUGACUUUGGGAUUAAAAAAAAAGAAUAUUCCCUAAUCAUUGUCUUUAUCCACCAGAACAUCACCUCACAGCAUUUCUAUGAAAGCAACAUGAAAGGAAUCGUAGUCAGUGUGUGGUUUGGGGAAGUCAGAAGGCCUAUUUAUUGUAUGUAUAUUUGGUAUCAUGGGCCAUGGAAUAGAAUAUAUUUUGGAGCUCUGAAAAAUUGUGAGGAGUCAACUCUAAGUAUCCUUCACAGCAGCCAGAAGGUAAUGGUGGUACCAAGUAAAGUAUGGUUGUUGGAGGGUGAUUUUUUUUUUUAAGUGGAACAGCAAAACCAACAACGAAUGCUUUUAAAAUUACAAUGAAUAAUUUGUAAAUAGUUUUUAGUUUUUAAAAUUUAAAGUGUUUUUGAGUGUGAAAAGUUGAGUAAAACUCUUUGUAACUACUUUUAAGAAAAGAAAGAAGGAAAACUAGAAAGGAAUUGAAACAGGCAGGGACAUCUGCGAUCCCAUCAUCCUUUGAAAAUUACACUGUUUUAUAAUGUAUUACAAUAUCAAUGUGAAUAUCUUGAAUUCUGUUAACAAAUCCUGCACUGUAUGAAACAUGUAAAUUAAUUGUUUGUCUGAUUAGCCAAUCCAGCCACCCUCAUGGGGAGGUCUCUAUGUUUGAAGAACUGUGUAACUCAGUAACUGACUUGUUCUGAUGUUGUAACUCAAUAGAAGUGAUUUGGAAGGAAGCAUGGUGUAUGAGAUGGUGUCUGUUCUUUCGUGCCAGCUCUGUAUGAUGUUUGUAAGACCAUGUUUGUAAGACAUGAAUAAAUUGCUGCUUUUGCCCAACCCAUUUCAACUCCAACUUUUUGCCAAUAGACUCUGUACUAAGAAUUCUUUUCUUUCAAUUUCUAAACUUUGAGUUUCUUGAAUGGCUCUCCUGGCAUAGUAUAGGGUUCAUUAGUGAUUCAGCACCAAGGUCUUCCAUAUAUCUUAUUUUAUUUUGUUUAAUCCUUGUAACAAUCAUCUGGGACAAUUAUUAUUAUCCUUGUG